AACUAUUAGGGUUUAUUCAUUGUUAAUUUAUUACUUUUUCAAACUUUUUCAAUCCCCCCAUUAUUCCUUCUGAGAUCUUCUUUGCUUAUAUUAGCCGUUACAACCUCCCCCACCACCCACGUCAAACUUGGGACAAGCUUUAUUACUCUCUUUUGCACUAAUUUCCAUUGUGGUUGGUGUUUCUCUUCUCAUUAGCGGCUGGCUGUGUUCUUACUUUGUCUAUUUUUUCUCAGUAUUUUCUUCCUUACUUUUCCUCUCAAAUCCCAGAAUCACUGUUUGAGUUUUCUGGAUUGAUUUGCAGGUACUGAGUUCAGUGGUUUUUCCGAUUCUUUCUGAUUCUACAUUCUCUGUUUACAGAGUUUGCUCUGUUUUUCAAAUCUGAAACUUUCAUUUCUUUUUCCAAUAUUUGUGAGUGCAAGUUCAGACCCAUCUCAUAAAAUCAAUCAAUUCAACGAGUUCUGUUGAAGAAGGAAAGUAAAAGUCCAGAUUUAGGUUCUGGGUCAGUUUUGGUUCUCACUGCAUUCUCUGUUUCUUCUGUGGCUCAUUCUAUUAAACGCGUAUUUUGCUAUAGUGGAAUAAUGAUUUUACAGACACUCAUCUGAUCUUCUCACUUCUCCUUUCACUUUUUUUUAAAAUUUUUUUAUAUUUAUUUGAUUCCUUUUUUUUUUUCAAUCAGAUCUUCAACACGAUCCAAGUUCCCAACUUUGGUGUGCUGGAUUUUAGCUAAUUCUUCGUACCCACCAGCAAAAAUAGUUGAUUUUUCCCUCUCCUUCUCCUAAAAAGAAAUAAAAAGACACGUAAUUAAGUAAAGCUUUCACUUUUAACUCCCUCCCUUUUUCAUAGGAAACCCUCCAUAUUACAAUCCCAAGAACCUUUUUCUUCCCAGGAAACAAACAACAGCAGGAGAAAUGGGUAGUUUUUGGUUUCUGAAGUGGGUUUUGUUUGUUGGGCUUUUGGGAUCUCUUGUUGAGGGAAUUGGUGUUAAUUGGGGUACAAUGGCGAGUCACAAACUGCCUCCGAAGACGGUGGUGCAAAUGUUGAAGGACAAUGGGAUCCAAAAGGUGAAGCUCUUUGAUGCAGACCAGAACACCAUGACUGCUCUUGCUGGGUCUGGCCUUGAGGUCAUGGUGGCCAUCCCCAAUGACCAGCUUUCUGCCAUGAAUGUCUAUGAUCGAGCCAAGGAGUGGGUCAAGAGAAAUGUCACUCGCUACAACUUCAAUGGAGGAGUUAACAUCAAGUAUGUAGCGGUUGGAAAUGAGCCUUUCCUCAAAUCCUACAACGGCUCAUUCAUGAAUACCACCUUCCCAGCAUUACAGAACAUUCAAAAUGCCCUCAAUGAAGCUGGGGUUGGAGACUCCGUUAAGGCCACCGUGCCAUUAAAUGCCGAUGUCUAUGGUUCACCAGAUAACAACAAUUAUCCAUCUUUUGGAAGAUUCCGAAGUGAUAUUAGUGACCUCAUGACCCAGAUUGUUCAGUUUAUGAAUAAGAACAAUGCUCCCUUCACCGUAAACAUCUACCCCUUCUUAAGUCUCUAUGGGAAUGAUGACUUCCCUUUUAAUUAUGCUUUCUUUGAUGGGGCGACACCCAUUGUAGAUUCUGGGACUGGGAUUCAGUACACCAAUGUUUUUGAUGCCAACUUUGACACCUUGGUUUCGUCUUUAAAAGCAGCGGGCUAUGGAAACAUGAACAUUUUGAUAGGGGAAGUGGGUUGGCCUACAGAUGGGGACAAGAAUGCGAAUGUUGGUAAUGCUAUUAGAUUCUACAACGGGCUUUUACCAAGACUCGCAGGCAAUGUAGGAACCCCUCUUCGGCCUGGACAUAUAGAAGUCUACCUGUUCAGUCUUCUUGAUGAAGAUGCAAAAAGUAUUGCUCCAGGAAAUUUUGAGCGUCAUUGGGGAAUUUUUGGGUUCGACGGGAAGCCUAAAUUUCCAAUGGAUUUGUCUGGCCAGAAUCAGAACAAGUUUCUUGUUGGUGCACAGAACGUGCAAUAUCUUGCUCCAAAAUGGUGUGUAUUUAAUCCUAAUGCCAAGGACUUGAGCAAACUUGCAGAUAACAUAGACUACGCCUGCACAUUUUCAGAUUGCACAGCACUCGGAUAUGGUUCGUCUUGUAACAACUUGGAUGCUAACGGGAAUGCGUCAUAUGCAUUCAACAUGUACUACCAAGUACAGAAUCAAGACGACUACGCCUGCAAUUUUCAAGGUUUGGCCAUGGUCACAACACAGAAUGCAUCACAAGGAACCUGCAAUUUCAUAACUGAGAUCCCUUCGUCUUCUACUUCAACAGGUCCUACACUGAUGUGUUUAGUACUUCUUGUAGUCUCAACAUUUCUACUGCUAUAGAUUUAUGCUUGUAGAUAACUCAUGUACUAUUAUUUAUUUUUGAUCUUGUUAGCUUCAUGCAUUGUGGCAUUCAAUUCACUUUGUUGAUUCAGUCAAUAAAGUUUAGAUAAGUUGCUUGAUUUCUCAGCUGAGCAGCCUAUCUAUGCUUACCUGUACGAUUCACAUGAUGUGUGAUCUACAUAAUUAUCUGUGUUUGCCGGUUGAGUAAGUUAUUGUUACAGGACAAAAAGUGAAUGUUCACCACCUGUAAUAUCUUGGAGUUUGU